CCUUAGAAUACCAUAAUCAAACCACACAACACUGAAACCGAAAAGCUCACAUCCUCCAAACAUCUGAAAAUGAGUCCGACAAACAAUCAAGAGGUCAAACGCGAUCAGCCUUGGCAGAAAGACUGGCCGCCGCAAAGCGAAGGAACAAAUCAUGCUGCCUCGCAGCCAGUCGAUGAUAGCACGACUGGAGCUAUGCCGGCGACUUUCUUGACUGCGCGUGGCGUGGACUUGUGGAGACUUGACGAUAAAGAGGCCCUGCAAUCGAUGCUUGCAAAGCAGGAGGUUACAUGUGCCUCGGUUGAGAAAGAAGUCAAGAAGGAGUGAGAGCCUGGCUGGCAUCACGAGUCGAUCGCGGCGACAUUCGUUUGAGAGAGGAAAGGAAAGCUUUUUGCUCGAAUCGCGCGGACUUUGCAUUAUCAACUCAUUCAUUUCGGAGAAGGUUGUCAGACUUUCAAAAAAACAUUUUCGUGGAUAUGUGCGGAGAAUUCGUCAUGAGGAAUCAGACUGUAUACCAACAUUUCUUUUUUUCUUUUCAGGAAUAUAUAGCGAAAAUUCGAAACUCGAUGCUCUCCCUCAACGAAUGUUUUGCGGAAGAGGCUGAGUUCUCGAAAGCGCAGUGAGCAACUACGAUCGUUAGCGC